AUGGGAAAAAAUAAACAUGCUAUCUGGAAUUAUCUUACUAGAAAUUCUGAUGGUUCUGUUACGUGUGAUAUAUGUAAAAGAAUCUUUGAAAAAUUUACAAAAGAAAUAAGUAUCAAAGAUCAUUGUAGAAACAAUCAUUGUGAUACAUGGGACAAAAUUAAAAAUAAAAGAGAAAAAAAUAAACUUUUCGAAAAAAAUAUUUUUAAUAUCGAAGAAAUGGUUGAAGAAACUAUGAUUAUCGAAAAAGAAGAUCUUAAUAAUGAUCAUUCAUCUGAUGAUGUCACAGCGAUGGAUGAAAAUAAUGAUAAUAUUGUUGAAAUUAGUUCAGAAAAAAAUGAUAAAGAAUUCGAACCAAUUAUUUUUCCUUAUCAAUGUCUUGUUAAAAGUAUUAAAUAUGAUAAUGAAGAAGGAUUAACAGUUAUUUUUGGUUUAAACUCUGUUAAAGUUAGUGGACCAUGUGAAAUUAUUUUAAAAGAAAAAUAA